CGAGGAGGCGCGAGAGGAGGCGCUGUCCCCGCUGCACAGGGCGGGUCAGAGGCUCGGCGACGCCGCCCGGGGGGCCCGCGCCAGGGCCGGGACAGGGUCCCCCGUGCCCGGUUCCUCUCCUCUCCCGCCGCUCCCGGCCCCGCUCUGUCCCCGGAGUCCGAUGGCGGCGGCCGCGCGGAGGGAGCCGGCUCAGGGCUGUGUGACCUUUGAAGAUGUGGCCAUUUACUUCUCCCAGGAGGAGUGGAGGCUCCUUGAUGAGGCUCAGAGGAUCUUGUACCACGAUGUGAUGCUGGAGAACUUUGUACUUACAACAUCCUUGGAUUGUUGGUAUGGAGCUGAGGAUGAGGAGGUACUUUCUGAGCAGAGCAUUUCUGUAGAAGGAGUGUCACAGGUCAGGACUUCUAAGGCAGGUCCAUCGACCCAGAAGAUUCACCCCUGUGAAAAGUGUGUCCCAGUGUUGAAAGACAUUUUGCACCUCACUGAGCUCCAAGCAACAUAUUCUCGGCAGAAACCAUAUUUGGGUGGGGCAUCCAGAGGCUUCUGGUUUAGUGCAAACCUUCAGCAGCACCAAAAGCAUGACAGUAGAGAGAAAAUCUUCAAAAUGGACAUGGAGCAGGCCUCGUUUGUGAUAAGCUGCAGAUUCCACAUGUUAGGGAAGCCCUUCACCUCUGGGGAGGGUGGAAAGAACUUUCUAGCUACCUCAGACCUUCUCCAGCAGCAGGCCAUUCCUGAUGGUGAGAAGCCACACGGGAACCUUGAGCAUGGGGAGCCCUUCAACAGUGGAAAAAGUCAUGACAAGUGGAUUGAAUGCAGGAAAGUUUUCAACAACAUGGAUACACUUCCCCACCAGAGAGUCUGCACUGAAGGUCUUAACACAUGUAACAAAUGUGGGAAAUCCUUCAGCUGCAAAUACACACUUGUUCAGCACCAGCAAAUUCACACUGGGGAAAGGUAUUAUGAGUGUGGUGAAUGUGGGAAAUAUUUUACCACUAGCUCCACCCUCCAUCAUCAUCAGAGAGUUCACACAGGAGAGAGGCCUUAUGAGUGCACUGAAUGUAGAAAAUCAUUUACCUAUAAAUCCCACCUGAUUCGACACCAGAGAGUUCACACAGGAGUAAGGCCUUAUGAGUGCAUUGAAUGUGGGAAAUCCUUUAGCCAGAAAUCUAUCCUCAUUCAACACCAAAGAGUUCACACUGGAGAAAGGCCUUAUGACUGCAGUGCAUGUGGGAAAUACUUUAGCCAGAAAUCUGCCCUCGUUCAUCACCAAAGAGUUCACACCGGAGAAAGGCCUUAUGAGUGCAGUGAAUGUGGGAAAGCUUUUACCUUUAGCUCCAGGCUCCGUUAUCAUCAGAGGGUUCACACUGGAGAAAGGCCUUAUGAGUGCAGUGAAUGUGGGAAAGCUUUUACCUUUAGCUUCAGGCUCCGUGAUCAUCAGAGAGUUCACACUGAAGGAGGGCCUUACGAGUGCAUUGAAUGUGGCAAAUCUUUUAGUGCGAAAUCUGUCUUCAUUCAACAUCAAAGAGUUCACACUGGAGAAAGGCCUUAUGAAUGCAGUGAAUGUGGGAAAUCCUUUAGCCAAAGCUCAGGCCUCCUUCUACACAAAAGAGCUCACACUAGAGCAAGGCUUUAUGAGUGCACUGAGUGUGGGAAAGCUUUUGGAUGUAAAUCCAAACUUGUUCAGCACCACAGAGUUCACACUGGAGUAAGGCCUUAUGAGUGCAUUGAAUGUGGCAAAUCUUUUAGUGUGAAAUUUGUCCUCAUUCAACACCAAAGAGUUCACACUGGAGAAAGACCUUAUGAGUGCAGUGAAUGCAGGAAAUCCUUUAGUCAGAAAUCUGUCCUCAUUCAACACCAAAGAAUUCACACUGGAGAAAGGCCUUAUGAUUGCAGUGAAUGUUGGAAAUCCUUUAGCCGCAAAGCCCAGCUUAUUCAACAUCGAACAGUUCACACUGGAGCAAGGCCUCAUGAGUGCAAUGAGUGUGGGAAAUCCUUCAGCCAGAGAUCUGGCCUUGUUCGGCAUAGGAGAGCUCAUGUGCACUGAAUGUUUGAAAUCCUUUGCUGCAAAUCUGACCUCCCUCAACACCUAAGUUCACACUGGGAAAAGGCUUUAGCUAUGUAGAGAAUAUGCUCUUUCCUUAGUUAGAAUAACGGUGUUGGAGGAAAGGCUCUGUGAGGAGCCAUCUGCCUGAAAUGAAUCUUGUAUAUCCAGAUAUCCACAGACUGGAGACUCCAUAUAAGUUUCAGUUGUGUGGGAAGCAUGUGUAACCUGCCUGGGGUUCUUGUCAGAUUUGUAUCACUGCCAGUUUCACCUCUGGCAGAAGCCAUUUCACCUUGAUCACCUGGCAGGUCCACACAGUGUGCAUUAGUAACCACCCUAGUAUGCUCAGUGAAGCUGGCCUCUGGGGUCUCCCGUUUGUUGGAGGAAAUCAUAAGUAUCCUGCACUCUUAUGGGGUCUUUAUUCCCUUUUCUCUGACAAUUUAGGGUGUGGACCUGGCCCAGUGUUGGCUCAGCAAAUGCUGAGUUCUAUUGGCAACUUUCAGAGAAGGACUAGCUUUUUCACAGACACAGAUGUCUGUGGGUUAAGAGGUCACCUUGAGGAAGGGGUAGUUGUGACACCUCCAGUGCUUCUGGAGACAACAUGAAUUUUUUGUUGCUCACAGGGGAAAUCACUUAGUGCCCAAACCUGCUGAGGAGGAUCUUAACCCUAGCUCCCACAAAGGAGCCCUAUGCCCUCAUAUCCACAAUUCAGAAAGCUGCUGUCACUAUUUUUAAGACUACAGGGGCAGGGGAGACUGUAAUUGGUACAGAAACACUGGAUUAAUAGAGAGUGGAGGAGACUGCAACAAACUAUAUGGAAUGUGCCUCUUCGAAAGCUGCAUUCACGAUUGUUUUAGUGACAAUGACUGUGGGAUGAGUGUGUACAGAAAUCUCAGAACCUCCAGGUAUGUUUAUCUUGUGUAGCUGAACUCAUCGGCAGACAAUCUAAUAGUUUUGUGGAUUCCUGUAGCCUCUCUCAGCUGUUCACCUCAAGGCUGUUGCUAUACAGGCAACAAAAGAAGGAAAGGGAGAAGGGAGAUCCUAUAGUCCGGGGAUGUGGCAUUUGUGAUGCAGCCAGAGAUCCUCUUGACUCAGGUGGAAAUGGCCUUCAUUGUUUGCCAGUAUUUCCUGCCACUGAGGAAAGGCUGUCCUUCAAGGCAUGAGGAGUGAGAUAGUGGAGUCAAUACAGAGUCGUCAAACCUGAUUUUCUAAAGAGUGCAAGAUUUAGAUUUUUAUUAUGAACCAUAUUUUAAAGCUGUAUUAAGGUAUAAUAGAAUAAAUUGUAUAUAUUUAAAGUGUACAGUUUGAUAAGUUUUGACGUGUAUAAGCCUAUGAAACCAUUGUUAUCAUGAUAGCAACCAUAUCUGUCACCUGCAUAUUUUCCUCAUGCCCUUUUAUACUCCCUGCUCUCCCUGGCUCUCCAGGCAACCAUUGAUUUACAUUCCUUUACAAUUGAUUGCAUUUUCUAGAAUUGUAUGGUUGAUCAUAAAGUGUUUACUCAUUUUUUUUUGUUUGUUUCAUUAAUGCCGUAUAAUUACUUUGAGAUUCAUUAGUGGUGCUUACCUGCACAUUUCAUUCUUGUUUCUAAGUAGCUUUCUCUUCCAUGUAUAAUUGACUGUGAUUAUCUAUUGUCUUUAUGGAUAUUUGGGUUAUUUCCAGUGUUUACUAAUUGCAAAUAAAAGCUGAUAGGAACUUUUGUUUAAAUUUUGUAUAUGGAUAUAUGUUUCAUUUUCUUGUAUUAGUAACUCAGAUUGCAAUGCCUGAGUCAUGGGGUCAGUGAAUAUUUAACUUUUUACAAAAUUGCCAAACUGUGAUCUAUAAUGGUUGUGUCUUUUUGCAUUCCUACUGGAGGUGUUUGAGAGUUCCAAUUCCUUCACACCCUUAUCAAUACCUGGUAAGGUUAUUUUUUAAUUUUUCCCUUUUAAAAUAAGUGUGUAGUGAUGUCUCACUGCUUUUAAUUACAUUUCCCUAAGGAUUUAUUUCCCUAAGGAUGUUGAGCAUUAUUUUGUGUAUUUGCUACCUGCAUAUCUUUAGUAAAAUGCCUAUUCUUAUCUUUGGCCUAUUUUCUGUUUUAUGAAUUUUGGCUAUGUGCUUUUAGGUAACAAGACAAUGAGACAACAAAGACAUGUUGGAAUGUUACUCAUUCUUCAGUGAUGCGAGCAAUUUCUUUGCUGUAUGGAAUAAUUGUUUUUGAAUACUGGAAGGGUAUAUUGUCAAGUUUCCUUGUGCCUUUUUUUUUUUUUUUGGUGAGGAAGAUUCACCCUGAGCUAACAUGUGUUGCCUAUCUUCCUCCUUUUUCGCUUGAGGAAGAUUAGCCCUGAGCUAACAUCUGUGCCAAUCUUCCUCUAUUUUGUAUGUGGGUCGCUGCCUCAGCAUGGCUGACGAAUGGUAGGUCCACACCCGAGAUCUGAACUUGUGAACCUGGGUGGCCAAAGUGGAACAUGCUGGAGUUAACCACUAUGCCACAGUGCUGGCCUCUUGUCCUGCCCUUUUUAAAUUCAUCUUCAACAUAUAAAAUUAUUGUUACAACGACAUAUUCUACCUUUUGUAAUGGCUAAUUUCAAAUAUGUACAAAAGUGGAAAAGACUGUCUAAUGAAUCCCCAAUCUUCCCUCAUUGUGAUCAUUCUUGUUUGAAUUCUCCUCCUGCACAUUAGUGGAUUAUUUUACUUAUAAACACAGACAUCAUGUCAUUUAAUGCACAACUUCUUGAGAUUGCUUUUCUUAAAUGUAAGAACAUUUUCAUAAUGCCAAUAACUUUGUCAUACAAAAUAAAGAUAUUUUAAAAUACAUGUUGUCAGUGC